AUGGUUCAGUGUUUCGCUGUUUCACUGAUUCUCUGUUUUUCUGGGGGUUCACUGGGAACAACUACCUCACCUCAGCAACAAAACACCGCAAAGUUAAAAGAUUUAUGCGAGGUAAGAAGAGAGAACUAUUAUACCUUUCAAAAGAAAGUUCACAAUAACGUUGCACGGGAACGGCCUGCCACUUGACUCAUUGCUACCAUUCAAAUACAUGUACAGGCUUUUGCACAGUUAUUCGUGUGCCAUCUUUAACUUGCACAAGUUAAUAUCCUAUCGCAUAAACCGCAAAGAUACACACAUAAUAACACGUAAUACAGUUAACAUAUUUCAACUGUCGACCUUUUUGUCCCUGCUUCACAGACUAGGAAUUCAAACGACAGUUUUUCGAUAUCACACUUUCUUCAUCACCGGCUAUUGUGCUCUUACAAAAGAAUUGAAGCGACGGGUGGGUGACUAUUAGCUUUUAGGGUAAAGAGGAAUGAAUUAGUUCAUUGUCACGAAUGUUUGAUCGAAACUUGCAGAAAACUGACCUUCAGUCGUGGGGAAAUAUUCUGUAAUCCUUUCAGAAAUCGCUGUUUUCAAGCACAUGCCACAACUGUUUUUUUUUUCAAUUUCAUCAAGGUCUAAAAACAAGGUAUAGUGCGUUUUCACCCACGUGGCAACCAUCUAAGCAUAUUUAUUGGAACAAAAGAAAGCAUUUACAUAAGAAAAAAAUCCAACUUCCACAUAAUUAUUGUGGAGCACCAACAUAGCCGCCGUCCCGCGAUUUAGAAAACUAAUAUAGUUGCCGUGACGUCACAUGUGAAAACACUCUCUUUAGAAAAACAAAUAGACCAAAAAGGCCCAGCUCGCACCCCCCUCCCCCGACGUCUUUUAAUCUAGGGCAUCUAUAUUUUCAGAAAUCUAUACUGGGUCAUGGUUUUCCCGGCAUACCGGGAUCAAACGGCAUGCCGGGAAUGCCCGGUGUUCCGGGGCCGCAAGGACCUCAGGGAAGGGAAGGUGCAAAAGGACAAAACGGUGAUAAAGGAUCACAAGGAACGCCGGGUCCACGAGGAGACAGAGAGCGCGAAGGGCCUCUCGGGAAGAGUGGACCGCCAGGAAUCAAGGGAAUAAAAGGUGAACAGGGACUUGUGGGAUUGAAAGAAGAGCCAGGCAUUGUGGGAAAUCAAGGAAGAAAAGGAGACAAAGGAGAGAAAGGAGAAGGCGCCAAAGCAAGUCAAGCAAGUGUAGUACCACAGAUCAACUGGAAACAAUGUGUGUGGAAAUCAGCUAGCGAUACUGAUAACGGAAAGAUUAAGGUAAACAAGGGACGGGCUGAAUGAGAACAACAACUCGGGUUUUUCCAAAGACUUUUUAACGAAAAUUUACAGCUAUAUGAAUUUUCCUACCACUCUCAACUUUUAAAUCCGCUCCCUGCCAAAGCCGUAUUAAAAAUAUAAUAAUAGAAAGCAGUUCAUUCCUUUUGGUUUUAUUUCAGGAUUGCAGCUUCAACAAAUUGAAGGCCGACACAGCUCUUAAAGUCUCAUACCAGGGAAAUGUGAGAAUGUAUAGUGAUGCGAAGUGUAUUCGAUUGUACUUCAAAUUCAAUGGAAAUGAAUGCAGUGGACCAAUGACGAUCGAGGCUGGUGUGUACAGUGACUGGGCUGGGGGUAUCCCAGACCUUCUUCACCAUCGGUCAUUUGAGGGCUACUGCGAAAACAUUCCCAAAGGAACGGUUCGGGUGGAAUUAUGGGUAGGCCAGUGUAGUGGCUAUAAUUUGGGCAAUGCUUACACCGGCUGGAUUUUCGUGUCCCGUAUAAUGAUUGAAGAAGUAUCCAGGCCGCAGUCCUAG